GUUUUUUGCGGCCGCCAUUUUAUUUGUCUCUUUCUGUCUAGUCAGUUACAGUGCCAAAAAGGGGGGUCUCAAUUACACGGGCUGUAGUUUGCAGAGCCAAGGCUUUCUGGCAGCCCCACAGCGUGAUUUACAUAGCUUUCUCUCUGCUACUGCUGCUGCCUCUUGCGACUAUUUGAAUACUGCAACUGCUUGAAGCUGUUGAUACUAUACCAAAACUGUUUGACAAAGACUGUCCAUACCAUACAAAAGGCUCGGAAGUUUCAGCACCCGCCCUAUAAGACGACCCCCGACUUUUGAGAAGAUUUUCCUGGGUUAAAAAGUCAUCUUAUACGCCGGAAUAUACGGUACUUAUUUGGAGCACGGCUAGAUGCAUUCAAGUUUCCACAUGAAUUUUACUCCAGGACAUCACUGUGAUAGUGACACGCACCAAGCCAUGAUAAAGAGGCAAAGAUUUGGAUCCUAAUAUACAGGUUACGCACUCUGCAAACCUUGGACAACAACAUCCAGUAUCUCACCUGGCAAAUGCAACGCAUCAGUGGCACCAGGUUGGGAUCGCCUCUCUGCCACAUGCCUGUCAUCCUAGAAGAAGAAGAAGAGGAAGAAGAAGAAGCAGCUCAUCUCACCAGGUCCUCCCGGCUGGGGUUCCAUCAGGCGCAGCUGCAGGGCCGGUGGGGAGGCCCUCCGCCCCGGUCCAACUCCACGACCAGGCUGAUCCCCAGCGCUCCUUCCUUGUGCUCAGCUGUCAAACCCUUAGCAGCGCCGCCGUCCCGAAAGGGGGGCUGCUGCAGUGGGUGAGCCAGCAGCUCCCCAUCUGCCCAAGGCCAGGUAGCCACACACCCCCUCCAGCCCUUCUGCAGAGGUGUCAAACCCCGCCCAAGGCCCCUCACGUACAAAGCCCCGGCCCCUGCCCCAGGCCCCCUGGGCCUCUCCCCGAAGACUUCCUGGCUCCCCCCAUCCUGUUCUGCAAGUCUGGAAGCCGCAUCUGGAUGCACCAUCGGAGGGCAAGAUGGGCAGCGGGGCUGCCAAGGAGGGCUUGGGGGGCAUCUUCAGUCUGUUUGGGCAAAGCAAGAGCCCCCUGCCUAAGGACCCCGGGAGACCCAGGACCCCCAAAGGGAAGGAGAGGGAUAGCGGGGCCAGGAGAUCACCGAGCACCCCCAAGGAGGCCAGAGCUGGCAGCCCCAAGGACAAGCCUACAGAGAUCAAGGUCAGCGCAAUGGUGGACAGGAAGGUGUGCCGGCUGAGGUGGGCCGACGCCUUGCCUGACGCCCCAAAGGCCCACAUGGCCUUUGAGCAGCAGAGCACAGUGCUGCCGCCGUUCCUGGACCCCUUUCAUGUGCCAGAACCAGCUGGAACUGCUCUGCAUGACGGCAGCCCGAGUGGAGCUGCACCACAAGAACAACAGGCGUGCUGUGCUCCCCCCCAAGCCCUGGCCCACGGCAUCGUGGAGUCGCUAGACACAGACCAGGCCACACGGGACCUGCACCUGUGCCUGGCCAAGACGCUGGAGAAGAGGCGCGGCCGGCCAAGCGUGGAGUACCCCGUGUGCCUACUCUGUGGCCGCUGCACCCCCUACUGCCCCCACCCGCGCCCGCAUCACAGCCCAUCCCUCCUGGUCUACCCGCGGCUGAGCGUCUGGGAAGGCGAGGUCUACAUGUGCCUGGGCUUCCUCCUGAAGAUCAAGAGGUCUGAGGCCAGCGAGUGGGGGCUGCUGCAAGCGGUGGGCACCACCAAGCGGCCCCUGGGGAAAGAGGGGCCCCCCAGGCACGAGAGGAGCAGCAGCAUGGAACAGGAAGAGUCGGGGAGCCGAAACCCAGCCUCAGUCCCCAGAGAAGGCGCCACGCUUGCCCAAGCAGCAGCAGCAGCCACCCGCGCAGGGAGGGGACCCAAGGGCCAGAGGAGUGUUCCUAGGCGCUCCCCACAACCAUCCAAAAGACACCACCAGCCGCAACUGGGAAAGCCGGCCUCGUCAGCAGCAGCAGCGCGGGUCCACGCCAAGCCCCCCAAGAAUCCCCCCAGCGUCCUGAAACAGCUGCUGUUAUACAUCAAGAACGCCUGUGCUAAGAUGCGAGGGACAGCCCCCAAGCAGCAGGGCUCUACGGCUUCUCUGUGGAAGUUGGGGGGGCCUUGGGCCCCCUGGAACACUGGGGGUUCCUUCAGCCACUGCCUCUGAGCUCCACAACCAAGGGGGAUUUUGCUUCACAGGCAGGGCUCUCGGCCCAUGGUUGGGAGCUUCAAAGAACUCCUGCCUCCCGCCGGGCAAGCCUCUGCCUUGGGGCGCUGGAGGGUGUCCCUGAAUCUGGAUGAGCCCGAGGCUCCCCGGGCCCCCAAGAAAGGGGAGAGCCGCCACACAAAGGUAGCUUGUUCUGGGGCAUCGAAGAAAUUGGCGAGACAGUCUUCCCCGGCACAAACGAGGAAGGCGCCCUCCAAGCAAGCAUCCCGCAGAGACAAUGUGUACUGAGAGCCUCAGCGGGGAUGCCCAACCUGCUCGCCUUCGGGUGGGCUGGGCUUGGGCGGACGCCUUCUCCUACAGGGAUCUGUUGCUUCCUGUCACCCAUCUCCCCAGAUGGGACACAGCAGGUCUGUGUUACUUCCUUCCCAGGCUGCAAAUAAAUUGGCUGGACUUUUACAUCUCACUGCCUCCCUCUGGGUUUCUGCCCUUUGACCAGUUCGUUCAUGCUUUCUCUGAGAACUUGUAGGGAAGGUAGAAGACAGGUUCUCUGGGCCUCCACUCUCCUUUUAUACUUUUAUACAUGUACCAAUUCAAAAAAACAUCCACCGUCUGCCCCUGACACUCUAUAUGCUUUUUCAAAUUUGAAAAAUACCAAAUUCAUGCAAGGUCAAUUUCACCUCGACAUCUCCAAGGCUUCUUUUCUUUGGAGAGGCACCUUUUGGAGAGGGGUGUGAUUUUAUUUCAAAACAUUUAAUAGAUGGUUCACUUGUUAUGAUGUGGACUUAUAUUUUAAAUCAAAAUGAGUUCACGAUUCUAAAUACGGUUCUUCAAAACUGUUUUCAGUUUUUGGUCCAACAUGGCUCUGUGAAUCAACUUUUUGUGUGGUAAAAAUGGUAAAAGCAAAACACAGGUCACAGAUAUUGAAUGAAAAUUGGAGGUGGAGUUGAGAUGUAGUCUGAUUUUAUGCCUGAUUUUCCUGCACGACUUCAUGAAAUAU